AUGGCUGCGCUGCCCGCCUGGAACCUGCUCAAAGGCAAAACCGCCGCCGUUACUGGUGGUACCACUGGAAUUGGUCGCGCGAUUGUUCUGGCAUACAUUACUCAAGGAUGCAAUGUCGCCGUGAAUCACUUGGGUCUGGCCAAAGACGAAGAUCUUCGUCACAGUCUGCUAGAGGAGGUCAAGGCAAUUGAAAACACGGGCAUCAAAGUGGGCAAGAUCCUUGAGCUCCCCGGAGACGUGACCAAACCGGAGACAAGCACCGAUUUAAUCCAGGAGGCUGUAUCAAAAUGGGGGAAAUUGGACAUUUUUGUCGCCAAUGCGGGUGUAUUUAAACCAGCAGAGCUUUUGAAGAUUGAACCAUCUCUUCUAGACCACACGGUGGAUGUCAAUAUCAAAGGCACUUUCUACUCCUGUCAAGCCGCCGCUCGCCAGAUGGUGAAGCAAGGGCACGGUGGUUCAAUUAUCGGUGUUUCUUCCGUUAGCGCUUUGCUCGGUGGUGGAUUCCAAACUCACUAUACUCCUACCAAGGCCGGGAUUCUCUCGAUGAUGCAGUCUAUGGCCAUCGCACUUGGCAAAGAUAAGAUCCGGUGCAAUGCCCUGAUGCCCGGCACUAUAGGAACCUCCCUAGCUGCCCACGAUAUGAAGGACCCUAUCAAGAUGGCCGCCCUUGAGGAGCGUAUCCCUCUUGGUCGAAUCGGAGAUCCGAAUGAUAUGGCGGGGCCGGCAGUUUUCCUAGCUUGCGACGAGAUGAGUCGUUACGUGAACGCAACGGGGUUGCUGGCAGAUGGUGGAAUGUACAGUAAAUUGCAGUGA